AUGGGGGCUGUCAGCAUCCUGAUCCUGGGCUGGCUGCUGCAGCUGCUGCUGCAGGCGGUGCCCUGGGCUGCAGGUGCCCGGCCCUGCAGCCCCAAGUACUUUGGCAGUGACUCCAUGGUGUGCGUCUGCAACGCCACGUACUGCGACACGCUGGACCCCGUGGUCCUGCCGGCCCCGGGCACCUACGUCAAGUACGAGAGCAGCAAGGCUGGCAAGCGGCUGGAGCGCAGCGAGGGGAGCUUCCAGCAUGACCCCGAGACCCCAGGCCUGCUGCUGACGCUCAAUGUCUCCUCGCUGUACCAGCACGUGAAGGGCUUCGGUGGGUCCCUCUCUGACGCUGCUGCCCUCAAUAUCCUGGCGCUGUCGCCACCGGCCCAGGACAACUUGCUGCGCUCCUACUUCUCCAAGAGCGGGAUUGAGUACAACCUCGUCCGGCUCCCCAUGGCUUGCAGCGACUUCUCUGUGCGUCCCUACAGCUAUGAUGAUGUGCCCCAUGACUACGAGCUGAAGCACUUCAGGCUGGCAGAGGAGGACGUGAAGAUGAAGAUCCCCCUCCUGCACCGAGCCUCGGCCAUGAGCAGGCGGCCGCUGUCACUGUAUGCCAGCCCCUGGACCUCCCCGGCCUGGAUGAAGAGUAACGGGGACGUCCGCGGGAAGGGCACGCUGAAGGGGCAGGCGGGGGACAAGUACCACAAGACCUGGGCCAACUACUUCGUCAAGUUCCUGGACGAAUACGCCAAACAUAAUGUGACCUUCUGGGCGGUGACAGCACAGAAUGAGCCCCUUGCAGCGCUCCUCACCCCUCCCCAGUUCCCCACCAUCGCCUUCACCGCCCUGCAGCAGCGGGACUUUGUCAUCCACGACCUGGGCCCUGCGCUGGCCCGCAGCCCCCACCCCACCCGGCUUAUCAUCCUGGACGACCAGCGCAUCCACCUCCCACACUGGGCCAAAGUGAUCCUGGGCAACGCCACUGGUGCCCGCUAUGUGGCUGGCGUGGGGGUUCACUGGUACCUGGAUAGCAUCGUCCCGGCCAGCUGCAGCCUGGAUGCCACUCACAAGCUCUUCCCUGACCAUUUUCUCCUUUACACGGAGGCCUGCAGCGGCUUCCUCACCCUCCGCUCCUCUGUGUCCUUGGGCUGCUGGGAGCGAGGGGACCACUACAGCCACAGCAUCCUGACGGUCCUGAACCACUUUGUGGCCGGCUGGACCGAUUGGAACCUGGCGCUGGACCUGGAGGGGGGCCCCAACUGGGUCAAGAACUACGUGGACAGUCCUGUCAUCGUGGACAGCAGCAAGGACGUCUUCUACAAGCAGCCCAUGUUCUACCACCUGGGGCACUUCAGCAAGUUCAUCCCCGAGGGCUCGCGGCGCGUGGGGCUGCACAGCAGCCGCCGAUGCCUCCUGUGUCAGCUGGAGCACGUGGCCGCCCUGCGUCCUGAUGGGACCCUCGUCCUGGUGGUCCUGAACAGGUUUGGCUUGGACGUGCCGUUUGGGAUCCGGGACCCCGCCGUUGGUUUCAUUAACACUGUGGCUCCGGCCAACUCCAUCCAGACCUACCUGUGGCGCCAGCAUUGA